GGAAUAGACUCUUCUACCACAGUCCCUGCUCGGGCCACACCAUCGUGUCAGAAACUAUCAGACGUGACCACUAACAACUGGUGACGCUCCAAUUCGAUGAGUGGAUGUGGCAGGAGAUGGCUUGGAAGGCUGCAGCCAGUUGCGCGCUGGCAUCCCGCGGGCGCCAUCCGCACUCGCCUAGCGCUGCCAUGCGCUGCCAUCCGGUCACUCUCACACGCGAGCUGCCUGCUGAGCCAAGUCACAAGAAUAAGGCAUGCCUCUAGCCCUGGAAAUACCGCUCUAGAAGAUGGGGCCCGCCUUGACAGCCCCGAAGACCGUGCAACACGGGGGCCGCCUGACGACACACCCUGGGUUCCAGGCCCACACUUGCCGGCAGAGGAAAGAAAGGAUGCAGAGGGCCGCAAAUACUUCGUGUCGGGCUCCAACUUCAAAUAUUGCUUCCGCCACGGCAGGUCCGUAGAAGGAGGUCAUGUCAAGGUUGCAUAUACGGCGAGAAACCCUUUUUUCAACCAGUCGACUAAGGUCCUGGAGUACCAAGGGACAAGGGAUAUACCCCUGCUCAUUCUAUACAAGUGCAAUUUUGUCGAGGAUGACGAGUUCUGGGACGAAAUUUCCAUACUCCGUGACUUUGCCAUCAGCUUCAGUGAACGAGAAAAGGACAUACGGGGAUUUUCCCCAGAGAGGGAUUCCACGCCCGUCGAGUUCAUCCACGUGCUAGCACGCUUCCACCAUAACGCUCACGUUUUCGACGAACCUUGGCAUAUUACAGUUGACUUUGGUAACCGCAAGACAUGGAACGAUGGGCAAGGCUUCUUCCGCAAAGAGUAUCACAUCUACGCAAAGAAUAAUGAUCUCUCCCAGGGAUUUGCGGGCUAUUGCUCGUCAUCCAUGAAAACACGCAAAACCAGGGAUUUUGAUCCCUCGGAAUGGAAUGGUCAACCGGAGGCCGGAAUAUUUGUGCCUUGGGGUCAGAGAGAACGGUAUCGCCAUCCCUAUUUUCGAAAGCUUUUAUUUGAGGCAACCCAGCGGAGUUUGGAGCCACCACUAUCCUCCCCGUUACGCAUAAGAAAGAAAUUGGUGUCGCGCCCAAACUCAAUCACGGGGGCUCGUGAGAGAGUGGAGCGCAACUGGCCCUGGAUGACGAAGCAGCUCGAUGGCUUGCUCAAUUCCAUCCGUGAAGGUGCUUUGAAACCUGCGGCCCCACCCGCAAGAGCCGACCAUGUCGUUGAUUAUUCCGGCAACUGGGUACAUAUCCGUGAGGCAGUGAGAGACGCCAAAGAACAGGGGAAAAUUAUACCUAUGGCAUGGAAAGCAAUCCUGCAAGGUCUCUUUGUAUUUCAAAACAGGGAAUUGAGGGCAAGCGAGACUACUCGGCCGACGGGUAGCAAGACCGCCAGGGCCCCCAGAACCACCAGGCCUCCAUCGCGAUGACAGAAACAGUGAGGUUCACCCUUGAGAUCUCUCAGCUGGUUGCGAGAAGAGCUCGGCGCACGAGUUCUGAAAUGGAAGAGGCACUGAAUGUCCAGAGUGGCAACAGCUUUACGGAAGGGCCACGGAGAAGCACAGGCAGAGGCUUUGCCUUGCUUCUCAUGUGCCCAGGUGUGCCAAGGAAGUUUUCAAUUAAGCAGCUGACAAAGAUUCGCUUUUUUCAAGGCUAGGAAGGUAAUCUAGGCAAAUGUAUCUAUCGUACCACAAAUAUCCAUCAUAUGGUAUACAUGUCAUGUGCAGCACACAACUUGAAGUCCUCUACACUGUACAUCGCUGCAAUCGUCCGAAGUGCUGCCCUGCGAUGGAAACUAAAGGAUUCGAAACUGUCUCUUUACCAUUUCUGUGAAAUCUCUCAUCACUGGACUCAUUCGAACUGCAAAAUCGCAAUCACUCAGCAACGUCUCCUGCAACACUUACCCAAGCCUAGCCCAGGACAACCAGUCUGAGCACAACAAAAUUCCAGAAGGCACUAGGCAAAGAUUCAAAUUAUACCUAUCAUUUUCGAAAUUCAUAGUUGGAGCCUGCCAUAAAAAUCGAUUUGACCUCAUUUCAUUGGGGGCAGGCACUUAUAUUUGUGUUCAGUGUUGGGAUCAGGCUGCACGGAGAAGUAAAAUCCGGCAUAAAGCUGAACGCAAUUCGUC